AUGCUCCCGAUCGGGCGAACCCCCGGGGACCUGUCACCGCCUCAUCAGAUGUCCACCCAGGCCAGGGUAUUGCCAAGCCUGCGGACUGUCCUCAACUCUCCACUGCUCGACGCUUCGCCCGCGCUUCCCCGCGCCCAACCCACGCGCCUCCCGAGCCUCAACAACUUUGACCAAAAGACCCAUGGCUACUCGGCCUACGACGAGAGCCGGCCCUCCAUGGCCGUCGCCUCGUCCAUGCCGGCCCCGGCCUACCCUGCUUACAUUGCAGCACCAACGCCGGCUCCGGUCCCGCAUGCGUCCAACGGAAUCCAGUACGGGCCGCCGAGGCCGGCAUCGAGCUCUUCCGGCACCGUCUCGUCCGACCACCACUCGCCCGGUGCGCCAGGCGCCGCCGAGGCCAACGCCAGACGCCACGGGCCCGACAUGUCCAAGGCCUCGCUGCAGAAUGCUUCGCGAUACGUCGGUCAGCAAGAGGUGCCCGGCGAGGGCUGGUGUUAUGUCUACGACGACGGCAGCUACUGCAAGACGACGGUCGACGGAGAGCCCGUCAACCCGUCCUGGGGCUUAACCAAGGCGGGCAAACCGCGCAAGCGCCUGGCCCAGGCGUGUUUGACGUGCCGGGAGAAGAAGAUCAAGUGCGAACCUGGUUACCCGACGUGCGCGCAGUGUGCCCGGGCUCGCCGGAAUUGCAGGGGUGGAAUGAGCAUGCACAAACCGAGCCCUGAUGCGCAGAGGGCGAGCACGUCAGAAGCAACAGCCGCUCCCGGCAAACAGCGCGUCGAGGGGCUCCUGACUGCAGAUGCUCCUCGGCGGCCACCCGCGAGCGUGAGCCCCUCGCCGGACACGCUCGAGUGCGUUUCAAACGCGCUGAGGACUGAAACGGCUCGAAAACGGCAACGUCGUGCAUCGUCGUCGAACGAAGGACCGGGCAUGUUGGACGCCGCGGCAGCUUCGGGUGCUGGCAACCUCGCUGCUGCGCCUGGUCCUACGGUCCCUCCCUAUGUCUUGAACGUAGAUCCCUACGAGGUGGACCCAGCGCACACGCGGCGACUGCUCGAUCUCUACUUCACGUACAUCAAUUCGACGACGUACACGGUGUUUCCGCGCGAUGCGUUUAUGCGGUGGGCGACGAACGAACGGCCAAAGUCGACCGAGGACCAUCUCCUGCUGUACGCCAUCAUGUGCAUGGGCAACGUCUUUUCGACGGAUGCGCGGCAGGACUUUGUCGAGCCGGUGCUCGUGAACAUUGUGACGAGCGGGCUGGAGGAAAGGAUUGGCUGGUUCACGCUGCAGGUGUGUCUGAGCCAGCUCCUGCUGGCACUUUAUCAUUUCGCACGUGGCAAGAACGGCAAGGCGUACGCGUGGUGCGGGUUGGGUCUACGAGCGCUCAGUGCGCUGAGGUAUAACACGGAAAAGGGCGUGACGUGGCUGGCAGACGAAGAAGAUCCGGAAUUUGGCUUCAACCCGGAGACGCUCGUGGAAUGCCGGCGGAGGAUCUUCUGGGCCGGGUUCCUGAUGGAUCGCUUCAACGGGCACGCGGGCGGCACGCUCUUCAUGAUCGGGCUCGAGGAGAUAUUCGUGCGGCUGCCGUGCACCAACGCGGCCUACGAGGCGGGCGAGCCCGUCGAGGCGCCGCUGCUGCGGGACGCGGGCCCGGACGCGGACCCGGCGUCGCCGGCGUGGCAAAACGUCGGCAUCAUGGGGCAGCUGGCGCAGGUGUCGGCCAUCUGGGGCGACGUAUGGGCUUUCACAACGCGGACGGCAAGCAGCUGCGCACCGCUAGACAUAGGGGCAUACGAAGCCUUCCACGCGCGAACAACAGCACGCCUACACCACUGGCGCGCUGCCCUCCCACCGCAUCUCGUCUUCACGACGCGCAACCUCGACAGCGCCAUCGCUGCCGGCGUCGGCCCCGCCGGCUCCCUCGUCUCCCUCCACGCCCACUUCCACGCUACCCUCAUCCGCCUCAACCGCCACGCCCCGCACGCCCAUCUCCCGCCCCACCUCCUCUCCCGCAACAUCGCGCACGCGGUGCGCGCGGCGCGCGACCUGCUCGCUCUAGCGGCGCCGCUGGCCCCCGCUGCCCGCGUCGCCCGUCUCGGCCCCGACGUCGCAAUGCCCCCACGUUUUGCCUUCAGCACCCCGUUUCCGGGGUACGCUGUCAUGCUCGCGACGGACGUGCUGGCGGCUGUGGGACCGGGGCCGGGAAUGGGACUGGGAACGGGGACUGCGGCGCUGGCGGAUGUGCUCGGCGCGUUGGAGGCGGGGCUGGCGCUCGUGGAUGAGAUAGCGCGGUUUUGGGCGAGUGGACGACAGCAGCGACGGGGCGUCAAGGCGCGAUUGCGGCUGCUGGAGGAGGGCGUGCUGGGGCAGGGUGGGGGCGGGGGGAUGGGUGUGCCCCGUGGGGUUGGGGGGCUAAGGUGGUGGCGCGUUGAUGCUGCUGCUGUUGGUGCUUCUGGUGCUGGUGCUUCCGAUGGGUUUGGGUUUGGUAUGGGUGCAGGCAAGCACCAGCACCACCACCAGAACCAGACACAGUCACAAAACCAGGCCCAGUGGUGGUGGCGCGUCAAGACGCCGCUGGAGGGCGCGUUUGAGCGCGCGGAUGACGUCGUGUAUGGCGCUUCGGAUGGGGCGGUGGCGAGGGGGGUGCUGGAGGCCGGGGGGCUGGGGCUGGGGCUGGUGUAG